UGUUUUAAGUUACGCAAACAGCUUCGUGAAUGGACGUCUCAUAUGUUUUAAUGUUGAUCUUUUCUGCGCCGUUUCUAAGGGGGAAGUUAGACGUCGCGUUGAGUAUUUAAUAUUUCUGUGUUUAUGAGAAGACGAGGCGUCGUUUCAAUUAAAAAUGGAAUAAAAACGAAGACUUUUAUCAGUGUGGACUGCACUGAAGGGGAAUAAAAACAGUUACCAAGGCGGUGACGACGCACAGGACGAGGAGACAGCAGAGGGAGAGAGACAGAGACAGAGACAGACAGAGAGACACUCACUGCAGAAACCUGGUGAAUUUAAGCCCAAAGAGGCACACAGGGAGCUGCUUUGUGGACUUUUCAUGGACUUAAAUUAUCCGCAGACUCGCUGCUGACUUGUGCAUGAAGACCAUUUCUGAUUGUGGACAGGUGACAGCUACUAACUGCCCGAUGGAGAAAUAUGAAAAGCUGGCCAAAAUUGGCGAGGGCUCCUACGGCGUGGUGUUCAAAUGCAGACACCGAGAUAACGGGCAGAUAGUGGCUAUCAAGAAGUUUGUGGAAUCUGAAGAUGAUCCCGUCAUUAAGAAGAUUGCAUUGCGAGAAAUACGUAUGCUGAAGCAACUGAAGCAUGUGAAUCUGGUCAACCUGCUGGAGGUCUUUAGGAGGAAAAGACGGUUGCACUUGGUGUUUGAAUUCUGCGAGCAGACCGUCCUCAACGAACUGGAAAAACACCCUCGAGGCGUCCCAGAGGCUCAGCUGAAGAGCAUAGUGUGGCAGACUCUGCAGGCUGUCAACUUCUGCCACAAGCACAAUUGCAUCCAUCGUGAUGUGAAGCCAGAGAACAUCCUCCUCACCAAAACCGGAGUCGUCAAGCUCUGUGACUUCGGCUUCGCCCGCAUUCUGACAGGACCGGAGGACGACUACACAGACUACGUAGCGACCCGCUGGUACCGGGCCCCCGAGCUGCUGGUUGGGGACACUCAGUACGGGCCCCCUGUGGACGUGUGGGCUCUGGGCUGUGUCUUCGCUGAGCUGCUCCACGGAAAUCCACUGUGGCCCGGGAAGUCUGACGUUGACCAGCUCUACCUCAUCCGAAAAACUCUAGGUGACCUGAUCCCUCGUCACCAGCAGGUCUUCCGCUCCAACGUUUUCUUCAGCGGAGUCAGUAUUCCUGAACCUGACACGACGGAGCCCUUGGAAAAGCGCUUCUAUGGCGUGCCUCUUCAUGCCCUCCAGGUUAUGAAGUCGUGCCUGGUGAUGGACCCCUCCCUCCGGCUGUCCUGUGAGGAGCUGCUGGAGCUGCCUUACUUCCAGGAGGAAGGAGUCAACUGGGGCCGGGAGGGAGAACGCCCGGGAAGACGACAUGACAAAGCCUCCCGACGUAGACAACCAGGCGCUCAGUACCUGCCUCAGUUACCAAACAGCAACAUCUCACCAGCACCGGAUGUAAAGAAACAGGUGAAGCAUAAAUAUCACCUGCCCAACAUUUAAUAAAGCAACCAGUUUGUGGCUGAGCUGAGAAAGAUGGACUUGUGCUAAGCUUUGUGCAAUCAAAAUGUUUGUCUGAAGAUGCAUAUAUGCUUGGUGUGAGAGUCAAAAAGUGUAUUUUAAUUCUACAAUCACUUUCACCUGUCAUUUUUGACAACAUUAUUCCUUAAUACUCUUUACACAACUAACAAUAGUUUGGUAUUUACAGUUUAAGGUUAGGCAACACACACGUUUCUGUUAGUGUCUUACAGUUCUAUUACCAAAGAAAGCAGCAAGUAUUAGUGAGAGUAUCAAGUCUUCACAUCUCUAUGAAAUUAUAUUACAGUUUUUCUCAGUCGCUUUGGUGCAUUUCUCACAUCACUAUAUACAUUUGUACAACAGUUAAUGCAUUUCUCAAAACAAUUAGUACAAACUGCAAAACCUACUUGAUAAUCUUCAAAAGUGUGUCACUUGCUCAAAAUAAAUAGCUCAUUCCUCAAAAGCAAGUAUUCAUAUCAAUAAAAGUGUCAUCAAGAUGAAAAGUCCUGACACCAUGUUGAUGAACAAGAUAGUCAAAUGUCUCUGUCAUGUUUUUAUUAUGACAGUUAACUCUAUAAAUGUUUUCUAGUGCAAAAAAGUCAGAUCUUGGUGACGCUACCUGAAAAUGCUCCAGACAGACUUUAUACUAUUUACAGCCAUUAGAAAACUACAGUAAAGUUACAUAUUACUGUAUUUAGUGAGGUAACUGAGUACAACACACUGAAUAUGUAUGUUUCACAAUUUUACUGCAUGUGCUCUUUUCAAUUCUAAUUUGUUUACAGCAUUGUGCAAAAGGAGAAAAUCAGCCUUAUUUACAACAAACAUAAAGUCCCUUUGGGUCGAGCUGUGACAGUGUCACGGUGUUGUAGAAAUGGUCCACACUAUGUCCUGCUUGGUUCAUAUAUGUUGUAAAGUGUUUAUGGGUUUAUGGAUCGAGCUCUGAGUGAUUGUAGAGAAGUGGCUUAUCAUUGGUUCAACUAAUGCAUCACACAGCCCUUCUCAUCAGUGGAAGCUGAGGUUCACCUGAGAGAAAUUGUUCAAUUUAGGAGACAUUUUCAGUAAAAAAAUAAAGAUUUAACAUUUUUGUAUGUAAUGACUCAAGCAAUGAAAUGAGGACUAUUAGUUUUAUAUGGAAUGACUAUCCAGCAUUCACAAGUAUAGUUAAUUUUGACUGACAUGACAUAAGCAAAUGAUAAUGUUAUAAAACAGCAGAGUUGUAUGAAAGCACUUGAUGACUGUCCAAAGCAUUUGUAAUUUGUUGUAAGGAAUGAGAAACUGCUACUAUGAUGAGCACAAAUGACUAAAUGUUGUGGAGGUUGAACUAACUGCUGUGCAAAUGUUAAUAUUGAUGUGAGAAAUGCACCAAAGCGACUGAGAAAAACUGUAAAUAGCUCAGAAAAGUUGCCAGUGUGCCAUCAUCACUUGUAUGACGUAGUUUUAUUGUUUUCUAGUCAAUGACAAGAACUGAUUUCCAUUCAACUUUAUGCUAUUGCAAAAUAUGUACUACUGUUAGAAUUAAUCCAUUUAACACAUUAAAAAAACACAUUUUUUGAUACAUUCUGAUACAUUUUAUUCUGAAAAUACAUAGAAUGAAUAUAUAGCAAUGAUUUCGGGAGAAUACACAUUGUAUGUUUUUUUGUAUUAUAAAACAAAAUUAAAUACUCAAUAUAUACGAAUCAGUACAACAUACAAUGAUGCAAUGUUGUGGAACUUACUGGGUCUAAUCAAGGUUUUUUUAGUUGACACUCCACGUAAUUUGAUGGGUUUUGAAGAUAUUGCAGCUUCAAUCUGACAGCGAUCCCUAAAGACGUUCACUCUGUUGCUGGGACACCAGACAGUGAUACAGUGGAAGCUGCAUCACUGACACUGACAGCCUGACAUGCAGCUUGACUGAUAACCUGUCCUUGAACUCAUCAAAUUACAGAUGUAGCUCCUUGUUAAACAUCAGUGAACUCAAAAAAUUUCCAACCUCCUACAAGAAGAAAUACAUCAUUCAAAGUCGAAGUUCCUUAUUUAUAAACUGGGUGAAAAUCCAUCUACUUCAACUUCAUGAAGAAGGAAUUAUCUGAUGUCAUACGAUGGUAAACUGUCAGCUAAAAGGCACUCUUAUACCUGGUUGAGUCUCAUAAGGAAGGAGUAAUGUAUCCUAUAUUGGGUUGUAUUUAAUUAAAAUACUUCAAAUUUUACAGUAAAACCUGUUCAGCUUAUGUUUCCAAGUACAAAAGUGCAACAAAAUAACAUGUAUAAUAGCACCUGUUUGCACAUGCAUCGUUUUUCCUCCACUUCUUUGUGUUUAUAUGCAUGAAGGCUACACUGCUGAGAGGUCAAUUGUGCCCUACAAAGUCUAACUGCAGUAACUACAUUUUUGGUCAAAAUUGAGUUCUAACUAAAAAUGAACUCCUUGAUAUCUGUUUUAUCUUGUGACAAAGUUUUAGAUUUCAAUUUUGCUUUAUUUCAGAGAAAUAGUUUAUAAAAAACACAAAAUCCAACUCAAAACCAAGUAGUAAAUGCACUUACCACAGUCUACUUUGGAUAUAUAUACUAAUUUAAACAUAAAAAUAAUAGGAAUUAUAAGUUUAUUUGAAACGGAAAUUAUUAUGUAGUUAGUGAUGAAGUAAAAAAGUGAGAUAAAAUUAUAUUAAAACUAAAAUAUAACAUUACUUUAGAAUAUUAAGUCUAAAAUACAAAAAUAUUUAAAUAGAGUUGUUAAACACUUUUAAACACACUGAUAACAAAAUCAAUUUGAAAAUGUUUAUUCACUGAAAACAAAAUAUAAAAGCUGAAAGAAGACAACAACAUUAUAGUUACUGCUCUGUUUAUCAUCACUAUUAGAACCUUUUACAGCAAAACCAGAGUGCAGUAACUACGUUUUUGGGUCAAAGGUCAAAUCAUGAUUUCUGAGCAUAAAAAUUACAUCAUCAAUAUAUGUAGAAAUAAGUGUCAUAUCACUUAUCUACAUAUAACCAAUUUUGCUGGCCAGUUAAAACAUGUUAAAAAACUUUAAAGCAGUUUUUCUCAGUUUUACCUUUUGCGUAGUUACUGCAGUUAGACUUUGUAGGGCACAAUAGUGUAUAAAUGUUUUUAAAAAAAACACAGUCAGCCAUGUUUUCUUGUUUAGAUUUGCCGUUGUGCAGCUGGAAGGCUUUGAGGUCAGAAGUUUAAAAUUUCAACUGGGAAAUUCCAACCCCUAAUAUUCACUGGCAUGUAAUCUGAGGAUAAAGACCCCACAGUCAAUUUGGAAAAAUCACUCAGUUUGUCUUUAACAAUAAAAUACAAUUGU